UAACAAACUUUGCUAAAAAUGUACUAUUUUUUUUGGUUCUCUCUAAUUUUAGUUAAGAGACGAUUCAAAGGUUAAGAAUCUCCCAUUAAAUUCGUGGUUCUUUACUUUGUUGUGUUUGGUAAUCUAAGAAAAAUGAUUUGACUUUCUUUUUUCUAGUGUCAAUGGACGUUAUCUUCCUCUAACUACUUUUUCCUUGUCCCAUUUUUUUUUUUUUUUUUUUUUUGUCUUUUUGAGUUUGCUCCGGCUUUUCCUACAACAUGGGUUGUGGUGUUUCAAGGCCGGAGACAGAUGAAGAAGGACAAGAAGAAGGAUAUCGGCAAAAAUCUAUCGGUAAAGAUAGUGAAACUGCCGAUAGUUUCAUAUCCAAUAAAGAGCUUCUUGAGAUAUCUACACAUAGUAAAGAUUCCAAAACUAGUGGCGAAAAGACGAGUAAAGAGGAGGAAAAUGAAUGGAAAGAAGAUGAAGAACAGAAAGGAGAUGAGCUAAAAAUUUCACCUGAAUCUCCGAGUUUUCGAAUUUAUUGCGUUUUCCCUAGAGAUCCUAAUGAUGACAACCUCGUUGAUGAUUUGCAACGGAGCAAGAACAUAUUGGAAGAAAACAAGGAGCAAAAAGGAAAGAGACAAGAAGCAGUAGGAAUGAAAAUAAGAAGAAGAUUUAACAAUGUCAAGAAGCUUCUAAGCCCUCCAACUGUACCUUCCUCCACAGCUAAUCGCGGUUGAUUUAAUUGGUUUUUAAAUUCUUCAUAUUAAAGUAAUUGAGGUUUAGAGUGAAACUUUGGGGAAAUUCAUAUGAUGUGUUAGUGGCCAGAAGCAUUUGACUACUUCUCUAUUUUUACCAUUCUUAGAUU